AUGUGUGGUGGCACAGCACAGACCACAAAUUCACCAGAAGGAUGGCAGGACUCGGCUGGGUGUGUGAGUGGUGCUGUUUCUGGUCCUGGGAGGAUUUACAAGAAGCUUUUAUGCACAAAGAUUCAAAAGCAUGCCGAGCCAGGAAGGAGUACUGAUCACAUGGACCUCAACAACAGUUGGUCAUGUUCGGAGUUUGACCUGAACGAGAUUCGCCUGAUAGUUUAUCAGGACUGUGAAAGGAGAGGCAGACAAGUCUUGUUUGAUUCUAAAGCUGUUCAAAAGAUCGAAGAGGUGGCAGCUCAGAAAACAGAGGAUGUCCCUGUUAAGAUGUCAGCCAAGUGCUGUCCAGGAGGCAGCAGUGGCAGUAACUCAUCUCAUACCUCUUCUGGGGGAUCUUUACACCAUGCCAAGGAGCAGCUUCCAAAGUACCAGUACACAAGACCAGCUUCUGAUGUCAACAUGUUAGGGGAAAUGAUGUUUGGCUCAGUUGCAAUGAGUUACAAAGGCUCCACUUUAAAGAUACACUACAUACGUUCUCCUCCACAACUGAUGAUUAGUAAGGUCUUCUCUGCUAGGAUGGGCAGCUUCUGUGGAAGUACAAAUAAUUUGCAAGACAGCUUUGAAUACAUCAACCAAGAUCCUAAUUUGGGAAAACUGAACACGAGUCAGAAUAGUUUGGGCCCUUGUCGUGCUGGAAGUAACCUAGCACACAGCACACCAGUUGACAUGCCAAGCAGAGGACAGAAUGAAGACAGAGACAGUGGCAUAGCUCGAUCAGCCUCACUAAGCAGUCUUUUGAUUACGCCUUUCCCAUCUCCAAGCUCCUCUACUUCCUCUUCCAGCAGUUAUCAGCGCCGCUGGCUUCGAAGUCAGACAACAAGUUUGGAGAAUGGCAUCAUUCCAAGGAGGACAACUGAUGAGACAUUCAGCUUGGCUGAAGAAACCUGUAGUUCCAAUCCAGCUAUGGUUAGAAGGAAGAAAAUUGCCAUCAGCAUCAUCUUUUCCCUGUGUGAGAAAGAGGAAGCACAAAAGAACUUCCAGGACUUCUUCUUUUCUCAUUUUCCCUUGUUUGAAUCUCACAUGAACAGACUGAAGAGUGCAAUUGAAAAGGCCAUGAUCUCCUGUAGGAAAAUAGCAGAGUCGAGUCUCCGAGUCCAGUUUUACGUCGGCCGUCUGAUGGAAGCUCUGAGAGACUUCAGGGACACUAUAUGGAACUUAUAUUCUGUUCCAAGGAUAGCUGAACCUGUAUGGCUUAGCAUGAUGUCCAGCACGUUGGAGAAAACCCAGCUCUGCCAGCGCUUUCUCAAGGAGUUUACGCUUCUGAUAGAACAGAUCAACAAAAACCAGUUUUUUGCUGCCUUACUGACUGCAGUGUUAACCUACCAUCUGGCCUGGGUGCCAACUGUCAUGCCUGUGGAUCACCCUCCCAUUAGAGCCUUCUCAGAGAAACGCACCUCUCAGUCAGUGAACAUGCUGGCCAAAACACAUCCGUAUAAUCCUCUCUGGGCGCAGCUGGGUGAUCUUUAUGGAGCCAUCGGCUCUCCAGUGAGGCUGACUCGCACCGUGGUGGUAGGGAAGCAGAAGGACUUAGUCCAGCGCAUACUUUAUGUCUUGACCUACUUUCUCCGUUGCUCUGAGCUACAAGAGAACCAGCUGAACUGGAGUGGGAAUCACAGUGAAGGUGACCAGAUCUUAAAUGGGAGCAAGAUCAUAACAGCCUUGGAGAAGGGUGAGGUGGAGGAGUCUGAGUAUGUGGUUGUGACAGUGCGGAGCGAGCCUGCUCUCGUACCCCCGAUCCUACCACUAACUGCGGCUGAGAAAAGGAACCCCCAUCCCGCAGGCUCAACUGAGACCCCAGAGGACAUUGACAUGAGAGACCUAGGUCCCAGACCUGACAGAGAAGGAAGCAGCAGGCCAGAACAGAGUUCUGAGGCUGGCAGCGUGCGAUACCAGGAGCCAGCACUGGAGAGUUCUUGGAAACCUCAGGGCACAUUUGGAGAGACUGAAGAAAGUAGAAAAGAGGUACCCCAAGGUUGUUCUUCAAGAUUCUCCAGCUGUGAAGUUCUGGGGACAGAAAUAAAGGUCAACCAACAAACUGUCAGUGAGCCGUGGAAAGUGGAGAUACCCAAGAGACUGCCAGACCGCUCGGUGGCCUGGCCUUGCCCCAGCAGGCAUUUCCGGGAGAAGUUUCCCUUAGAAAAGGUGACCUUCCAGAUCGGAAGCUCCGUGUCUCCUGAGUCUGACUUUGAAAGCCGCUCAAGGAGAAUGGAGGAACGGGUAAAGGCCUGUAGGCAAGACCCAGGGUCAGCCAGCAGUCCCUCAGCCAAGUCCAGGGUGCCCAGGGACUUGGCUCAGGACCAGCAGGUUUCCAGGUGCUCCUUCGAGCCUGGCUUCCGGGAGGAUGCCUGCCGUCCUCAGCCUCAAUCUUCCGAGGGGGAUGGAGGUGAGUCCGACAGGGGUUUUGCGGAGGACAGAGGUAUCAGGACCGACACGGUGGCAGAUGCUGCCGAGCAGCACCACCACAUUACUGACUCAUGUGCAGCUCCCAACAGUGGGGCGGGGGUCCGGGGGAGCACACUGGAGAGAGCCAGGGGACAGUGCUGGCAGGAGGUGGAAGGACUUUCACUAGCACCUGUUCCAGCCAGGUGUGUCCAGCGGGACUCUGGCCAGGUGCCUGUUGCUGAUGUCCCCUGUGGGGAUGCCGACAAGAGGGCCGACUGCAGGAUGCAGGGAGACAUCCCCCGGAAUGAGAGCUCAGACAGCGCUCUUGGGGACAGUGAUGAUGAGACCUGUGCUUCAGCCAUGCUGGAUGUAGGUCUUGGCAUGGAAGCGUCCUUGGAAGUGGAGCUGCCUCUGCCCAGGUCUCAGAGCAUCAGCACUCAGAAUGUACGAAACUUUGGCCGCUCGCUACUGGCGGGCUAUUGCUCCACAUACAUGCCUGACCUCGUGCUCCAUGGGACUGGCAGUGAUGAGAAGUUGAAGCAGUGCCUGGCAGCUGACCUGGUCCACACAGUGCAUCAUCCAGUGCUGGACGAGCCAAUAGCUGAAGCCGUCUGUAUUAUUGCAGACACGGACAAGUGGAGCGUCCAGGUAGCCACGAGUCAGAGGAAGGUGAUGGACAGCACAAAGCUAGGCCAGGACGUUCUAGUCUCUAGCCAGGUGUCCAGUUUACUUCAGUCCAUUUUACAGCUCUAUAAGCUUCAUCUCCCUGCUGAUUUUUGCAUCAUGCAUCUUGAAGACAGACUACAGGAGAUGUACCUGAAGAGUAAGAUGCUGUCUGAAUAUCUUCGGGGACACACACGAGUUCAUGUGAAAGAAUUAGGUGUUGUGCUGGGGAUUGAGUCUAAUGACCUGCCUCUGCUGACUGCUAUUGCCAGUACUCAUUCUCCGUACGUGGCUCAAAUACUCUUAUAAGCUAAAUCUCAGGACAGCUCUUCCUUGGAAGAAAAAAAAUCAAAUUCUCAACUGAGGGAGAAAAGAAUAAGCUCUCUGUGAUGUCAAAAGCAAAAGAAGAGCAAACAGAAACUGUCAUUCCACCUAUUUGUUUUGUGUUUUUGCUUUCAAGUGGAUGCUUCAUUGGAAGACUUAGGUUUACUUGACACAAUGGCAUUUGUGAUUGUCAUGAACUCCUUAGGCCUUUUGUUACCCAUGAAUCAACAGAGAGAGUGACCUUUGGGUAGGAGGAAACAUAAGCACUGCACUAAACACUAAGCUAUUGCUACACAUUGCCUGUGCUGUUUGGGCAGAGUCAGGACAAGUGACCUUGAAGCAGAGAGGUCAACAGUGUGCAUACAUUCCAGUAGGAAACUGUCUCAGCACAGGCUCCCCAAACUGGAGAAAACAUAUUUUGCUAUUCUAAGAAGACAGAGCAGGGACUUUGGCUCCCAGGUCGGAAUUUGCUUUUUUACACGAGGUGAACUGAAGAAAGCCACACUGUGCCAUCUUCAGCUUCAGUGGCUUCGCAGUUACUGUUUGACAUGAAACACGUAAGAGGAUUGCCUGUUGGGAAGAGAGUGUGUUAGGGACCCACUGUUUCAUUUCUUGGAGUUUACCUUGUUUCACUUGCAGUCACAGGUAGGUCAGAGAUGGCUUGUUUGUGCAAUAAACCCAAGAAUCAAUGUAGCCUCUUGAUCCCAUCAAGACAUAGUUUGUAGCAGCGGAGUGCACAGUCUGAAACCAUGUGUUUUAUCCUCACAGUUCAGAGCUUUCAGCAGCCUUCUCAAGAGAGGCCAUUUACCAAAGUAAUUUCUAUAAGCUCAAGAGUGUUUCUGUUGGUAAGUUCUUCCAGCUGAAGCCACCUUCUUACUAGAGUUAAUACAAAUGACUAUUUAUACUUUAAGAGUCGCAGUGUCCUGGUGGGAAAUGAAACCUGCAACAGUUCAGGUUGGCUAAUGAAAGUGAUGAGUUGGAACAUUCAGAAACUGUUCAUACACAAUCUGUCUUUACAUUGUCAUCUCUGUGCCUUCUAAUCCCUACAUCCUUUUCAAAACAUCUUUCCAGAAAUUAACCCAUCGUAUAAAACUUACCAAAAUAAAUUAUUAGCCAAGAUCAUUUUCCAAAAAAAACCCUUAAUUUUCUGUUAAAAGAACUUUACUAACCAUGAAACAGUCUAUGUACUGACAUCCAGGAUAAAGGGAAAGACUUUUAAAAACUGGUUGUUACAUGACGGGCACUAAUCUGGUGGAGCAGAACACUGUUAGUACUUUGCAGGUUUCGAGUGCAGUUAAUUAUAACCAGGCUCCAUUCUCCUUUCACUGCUUUAUCAAUUCCAGUCCUUUCCAUGUGUCCUCUGUAUCUAAGAACAUAAAGUAACUUCCCUCUUAAGGAUUCAAAUGACUUUAAAUUUUAUAUUUGAUAAAGUCCUGACUUGAAACACCAAGUUAUAUUUCUUUAUUCUUUUACAAAUGCAAGUUAAUGAUUUGUUUGAAAGAGUAUACCAGCAGCACCGAUGGGAGAAAAAUCAGUGUAUUAUUUCUUCAGGAUAAUUUCUAGGAAUAGGUUAGAAUUGCUGCCUUUCCUGCCGGUUUUUUUUUUUUUUUUUUGGAGUCAGA